CCUCCGCGUGUGUUUCCUCAUUAUGCGGCCGCCUCCGUCCGGUCCUAGCUGCUGAAGGAAACAGAUGAGUCGUCCACCUCCGUGAGGUUCGUCUCCGCCGCUGAAGUCCUCCGAGGGUUGAAACCGAGAACUAAAGUCCCGAAACAGCGAGUUCAGGAGAUGCAGUUUGCCGCCUCACGCUGACUCUACCCAACCGACCGGCCUUCAUAGCGGUGGGCGUGGCUAGCCCUGCGGGAGGGCGUGGCCAGAGAUGGACAGCCAAUGCAGCGGCAGCGCCAGCUCCCGGCUGACCGGCAAAGGUUUGGGCUCGGCCGGUGCCACUCCGGUCUCUGUGAGGGUGGAGUCGUACGAAGCCGGCGAGAAGAAGUGCAUCUCAGACGUGAGGAGGACCUUCUGCCUCUUCGUCACCUUCGACCUCCUCUUCGUCACCCUGCUCUGGAUCAUAGAGCUCAACGUGAACGGAGGCAUUCAGAAGCAGCUGGAGAUAGAAGUCCUGCACUACGACUACCACGCCUCCUUCUUCGACAUCUUUCUGCUGGCCGUGUUCAGGUUUGCCGUUCUGAUCUUGGCCUACGCCGUCUGUAAGCUGCGUCACUGGUGGGCCAUCGCUAUCACCACUGCUGCCAGCUGUGCUUUCCUGAUCGCUAAAGUCAUUUUAUCAAAGCUGCUGUCUCAGGGGGCCUUCGGCUACCUGCUGCCCAUCAUCUCCUUCGUCUUGGCCUGGAUAGAAACGUGGCUGCUCGACUUCAAGGUUCUGCCUCAGGAGGCUGAAGACGAAAACAGGUUUCAGUCCAUCAUGGACGCUACAGAUCGAGCUCCUCUCAUUGGUCCAGGUCCGUUAUCUGAUGGACAGUUCUACUCUCCUCCAGAGUCUCUGGCAGACUCUGAUGAGGAACUCGACGACAAACAUGAUCCAGUGAAAGGCCUCAUUUAGCAGCAACAGGAUCCUGGAGUUUCUCCUGCUGCUGAGGGAAAGUUCUGCCUUACAACUUCUGCCCAUUUAGUUUUUAUUUGUCCCAAAGAACCUCUUUUUUUCUGUUUGUAUCCAUGAAUUCAGUCACAUUCUGAUAUCUGCACCAGGAGAAUUCUUCUGAGUUUGUUCAAAGAACUCUGAAUGCUCAAAGAAUUCAUCUUUACAUAAAAGUUCACAUGGACUCCUGGUGAGAGGGAAGAAGGUGGUAGAAACUAAAUCAGCACUUUUUAGAUCCUCUUCAGCGUCCAACCAUAAUUAUUGUUUUUUUUUUUUUUUUUUUUUUUUACACAGUUGUUUAUUAAUGUCUUAUAUUUCUGUCACCGUGUUUACUUCGGAUUUGUUGAUGAUUUGACAUCACUGUAAAGGAAAAUAAGCUCCACAGACUCCACGUGGAGAAGAAGGAUGUUCCGGCCAGUACAGAGUUUAUAGAGCAGAUUGGAGCAAACAGAGACGCCGUCAGACUCAGAAACAUGUCCGAAUACGUAGAAGUCUUACGAAAGCACUGCAGCAACGCAUGGAACAAUAUUAUACCCACGUUAGAAAGGUUUGGUUCCAAAUGUGGGCAAAGAGUUGGAACAAAACGAGCCAUAAACGUACAGCGUUUCCCGGCGAACGUCGGGUUUCCUGCACUGUGUUGAAGCUGCUGAAGGAGAAGAAGGUGAAUCUAACGUUCUUAUGUUCUGCAUGCAGCUCACUGCUGUUUUUAUGGAAGCUUGUCUGUAUAACAGAAUCAUUAAAAUGUGAAUCUUU